UUUUAUUUUUAUAAUAAUUAAAAUAUAAGAGCAAUUUUUUAUUUACUUGAGAACCAUAAAAAAGAUUGAUUUCGGGCAUAUCAAAAUUUGACGGGGAAGACACCAUACUUGACUCUGCUUAGGUUCAGGUGUGUGCUGUGCCGUGCAAAGUGCAAUCUUGGGAGUAUGAUGGAUGCUGUUCCAAGUGAAGGUCAAAUCUAGUGUGAGUCAGGGCAAUGGUGUCUCACAUUGUUGGGUAUCCUCGGAUGGGGCCAAAGAGAGAGCUCAAAUUUGCAUUGGAGGCUUUCUGGGAUGGAAAGAGUAGUGCCGAAGAGCUGCAGAAGGUUGGGGAUAACCUCAAAUUGAGUACUUGGAAGCAAAUGGUUGAUGCUGGAAUCAAAUUCAUCCCGAGUAACACGUUCUCAUACUAUGACCAUGUAUUGGACACCACAGCCAUGUUGGGUGCUAUUCCUCCAAGAUAUGGUUGGAGUGGAGGUGACAUAGGGUUUGAUGUUUACUUUUCAAUGGCUAGGGGUAAUGCCUGCAUUCCUGCAAUGGAAUUGACCAAGUGGUUUGAUACUAACUACCACUACAUCGUACCUGAGCUGGAGCCGAAUAGCAAAUUCUUUUAUGCAUCUCGUAAGGCAGUGCAAGAAUAUAGAGAGGCUAAAGCUCAUGGCAUUGACACAGUUCCAGUCCUCCUAGGCCCUGUUUCUUACUUGUUGCUAUCCAAACCUGUAAAAGGAGUGGAUAAAUCAUUUUCUCUUCUAUCACUGUUAGAUAAAAUUCUUCCUGUCUACAAGGAAAUUGUAGACGAACUAAUGGCAGCUGGUGUUUCGUGGAUUCAGUUUGAUGAACCUACCCUUGUAAUGGAUCUUGAUUCUCGACAAUUAAAUGCAUUUACUCAUGCCUACACAGAACUAGAAUCAUCGAUUUCUGGGUUGACCAUUCUCCUUGAAACAUAUUUUGCUGAUAUUCCUGCUGAUGCAUACAAAACAAUUACAGCUUUGAAGGGUGUCUCAGCUAUUGGAUUUGAUUUAGUUCGAGGAUCAAAAACAUUGGAUCUAAUUAGGAAUGGAUUUCCACCAGAAAAAUAUCUGUUUGCUGGGGUUGUUGAUGGCAGAAAUAUUUGGGCUAACGACCUUGAAGCUUCUCUCACUACUCUGAAGACUCUAAAGGGCAUGGUUGGAGAAGACAAACUCGUGGUCUCUACAUCAUGUUCCCUUCUUCAUACUGCAUUUGACUUGGAAACAGAAAUUAAAAUGAACAAAGAGCUCAAGUCAUGGCUUGCUUUUGCUGCUCAGAAGCUACUUGAAGUCAGCUCAUUGGAGAAGGCAUUAACUAAUCUCAAGAAUGAGGCAUUCUUCUCUGCUAACGCUGCAGCUCAGGCUUCAAGAAAGGCAUCCUCUAGAGUAACUAAUGCAGCUGUUCAGGAGGCUGUCUCUUUGUUAAGGGGUUCUGACCACCGUAGGGCCACGAAUGUCUCUGACAGGUUGGAAGCUCAGCAGAGGAAGCUAAAGCUUCCUAUUCUCCCAACAACUGCUCUUGGAUCAUUCCCCCAAACUCUGGGACUUCGAAAAUUGCGCCGUGAAUACAAGAUUAACAAAAUAUCUGAGGAAGACUAUGUGAAGGCCAUUAAGGAGGAAAUAAACCAAGUGGUUAAACUUCAGGAAGAGCUGGAUCUUGAUGUUCUUGUCCAUGGAGAACCAGAGAGGAAUGAUAUGGUUGAGUAUUUUGGGGAGCAAUUAUCUGGUUUUGCCUUCAGUGAGAAUGGAUGGAUUCAGUCUUAUGGAUCUAGAUGUGUGAAGCCACCAAUUAUAUAUGGUGAUGUUAGUCGUCCCAAAGCAAUGACAGUGUUCUGGUCUUCCCUGGCUGAGAGCAUGACAAAACGUCCAAUGAAGGGAAUGCUUACCGGUCCCAUCACCCUUUUGAAUUGGUCUUUCGUCAGAAAUGACCAACCAAGAUUUGAUACCUGCUAUCAAAUUGCCUUGGCGAUCAAGGAUGAGGUGGAAGAUCUUGAAAAGGUUGGAAUUAACAUUAUCCAAAUUGAUGAGCCAGCUUUGAGAGAGGGUUUGCCCAUCAGGAAGUCUGAGCAAGCAUUUUACUUGGAAUGGGCUGUGCACUCUUUCAGAAUAACUAAUUGUUGUGUUCAAGACACCACCCAGAUUCACACGCAUAUGUGCUACUCAAAUUUCAAUGACAUCAUCCACUCAAUCAUGGACAUGGAUGCAGACGUCAUCUCUAUUGAGAAUUCUAGGUCUGAUGAGAAGCUUCUAUCAGUUUUCCAUGAGGGUGUGAAGUAUAGUGCUGGUAUAGGCCCAGGUGUAUACGAUAUUCACUCACCAAGAAUCCCAUCUGUUGAAGAAAUUGUCGAAUGCAUCAAAAAGAUGCUUGCAGUUCUUGACUGCACCAUCCUCUGGGUCAAUCCUGACUGUGGCCUCAAGACGCGCAAAUAUUCUGAAGUCAAGCCAGCACUGAGCAAUAUGGUUGCUGCUGUCAAGAUCAUCCGUAAGCAGUUGAUAGCUAACAAAUCAGAGCUUUUUAGUUCCCUUUGGAAAGCCAGGACAGAUUGCUGAAGUACAUCCCCAGCAGAAAAGCAAAGAGAGCAGCCAGGACCAUUUUGAUCGUCUCCCCGGACAUCUUCAGUCUAGUUGUGGGACUUCCUGCAUAGUGAUUGUAACCUUCUACUCCAGCUAUGUCAUGAUACUUAGUUCGUUUACUUAUGGAAUCAGCUUCUAUAUUUCCUGCACCUCCUUCAGGAUUAUCACCACCUGUAGUUCUUCCUGCAGCCUUCAGAUCACUGUUGGCUCUAUCACUUAUCUUCUCUUGUUGAAGCUCUGUUUCAUCUUUCCUAUCACCCUUUGCGUCGGUACUGCUUUUCUCCUCUUCUUUUGUGGGCUUUUCUUGUUUUUUCUGAGCAGGUUUCUCAGAAGGAUUCUCAACACCAGUUUUCUUAAUCCGAUCAUCAUUUGGUGUGGUGUUCUGGGGGCGAGCUGGUGGAUCGAUCUUUGGUGCCCGAGGUGGCGUUUGUGGUUGUGGGGUGACUGAUGGUGGGAUUUUCCUCUCGUCUUUCUGUGCUGGAACAAUCAGCUUUGGCUGCUUCACAUAUAGUAUCCCCCCUUCAAAUUUUGCCGUGAUUUUGUUGUUGUCACAGUUUGCCGAGAUAGGGAAAGUUUCCUGGAAUAUGCUCCACUUGUUGUCUCCGAUUGGCCUGGUUCCACUGAUCCUUAAAGCUCCCGUGCUAUAAAGAAACUUACCUGGGAGAUACAAGAGGAGAGUGUCGCAUUCGUCCUCUUGAAUUAAAUCUGAGCCAGGUUUAUAAUUGCUUGUGUGAGCCGCCAUACUUGGAUCCAUGAACAGGAAGCUUGGCUUCACCCAUAUUCUUUGUUUGGUUUUAGCUCUAGUUUUGCAUUUCGUGGCUUCAUGCACAGGGAAAGUAUAAGAGCUUGGGAAUGUUGGGUCAAGCAUUUUCUUGACAUCUGGGGUUUGUUUGCUUUUGUUAGUUUGUGUUAUGCUUUUUGGGAUUAAAUAACUUGAUGAUAUUUUGUACCAAAAAAUUCGUACUCUCUUCAUCCCAAUUCAAAAUACUUUUUUUUUUUUU